UGGCCUUUCCAGAGUCACCUCAACCUGAAGAUGGCAACUCUGAUCUUUAUUGAUCAGGAGAAUGAUGAAGUUGGCACUACUAAGAAUCGGCUAAGACUCCCUUCAGGAUCUUCAAAAGUCUUAUCUGACAGAAUGCAAGUUAAGACUCCACUUCCUAAAAAAACAGUCAGUACAUCUCCAGCUGCACCUCGCUCUGUCAGGAAGGCUCUGGGAAAUGUGAAUAGAACUCAAGGAGUCACGAGCAAGUCGGAAAAGAUAAGACAGAAAAGUCAGCCUUGUGCUGCAAACAAAAAGACUGCAGGUUUAGAAAGCUGUGAUGCAGUGGCUGAAGAGCAGUGGCCAGAAAUAGAAAAUAUGUUUCCUUUUGAUCCUAGAGAUUUUGAGAGUUUUGACCUUCCUGAAGAGCACAAACUAAGCAAUAUCAACCUGCGUGGUGUUCCCCUCAUGGUAUUUGAAAGGACAUAUGACAGAUGUGUGAACAUGGUUCCUUCACCUGUGAAGAUUGAGGAGGUUUCGUGGGAGUCUAACUUGCUACAAUCAACUGCUGACUUCCUUGAUACCCUGGAUGAGAUCAUUGACAUGCCACCUCCAAAUUAUGACAUUUAAUCUAUAUUCUGAAGCUUCUAUUGAGUUCAAAUUUCACAGUUCUGUAUUUUUAAAUAAAAGUUAAUCUAACCUGUAUAAUACUAGGUUUUUCUGUUUUAAAUAGACCCAAGAUGUAGGUAGUACAGUAGUGCUUUGAAAAAGAAGACUUAAAGCAGAGCCUGGGUAAACUUCAAAAGCAA